AUGGCGAAGUGGAGGAUCAGAAAGGCUAGCGAUGAAUUCGCAACAGCAUUUCUGGAUGCGCCAAUACAGUUGAACUUGGCAAGCGGCACGGCCUUCGACAUGCCCGUCGUCAAUAUCGCCAGCCUCCUUCAACACUGCGCUUCCGAAUCUGCGAGCUUCAGAAAUUUGCUGCCCACAACUUUAAGACAAUUCCCGUGCUCCCCAGCGGCGCCGUGGGACUUCACCUUGCACUUCGAUGAGUUCGUGCCAGGCAACGUCUUGCGGCAAGAUAACAAACGCAAGACGCUCUCGUUUUACGGGAGCUUCCGCUCCUUCGGCCCUGACGCGGUGUCGUGCGAGGACGCUUGGUUGCCUCUCGCUUUUGUUCGCCACACAGUGGUCGAUCAAGUUGCGGGCAAGAUGUCUGGAGUCGUUCGCCAACUGUUGCGACGACUUUUUAUUGGCCCAGACAGCGCGUCGCAGAGGGGCACCCUCAUUGAUGGCAUUGGGCCUGGCGGCGCCCCUGCGCUCAUCUUCUUUAAGCUGUCGAACCUGCUUUACGACGAAGAUGGCGCUAAAAAUGCCUCGCGCUUGAAGGGCGCCGCUGGCGUAAUCCCUUGCGCUCUGCGCAAGAAUGUGCACGGCAUAUACGACCACUCGGAGCCCCUGCUGUCAGCGCAUGACAGGACGAGCACGCUGGUGCCCAUUUCGUGCUCUGAACCCAACCUGUUCGACGCGCGCGCCGCGGAGGACCUGUUCUUCUCCGCGGACCUGCUCCAGCGUCUGCAAGCCACGCUGCCCAAGGGCGCGUUCGAGGAGCAAUGCAAGGUACACGGCGUUAAUCACGUGCCAGAUGGUUUGCUAUUGGACGCUGAGUUUCGCCAGCACGCGUCGCUGGACAUGCGCGCGUACGACCCAGCACGCUGCGUGAUCAUAAAUGGGAUCGCUCAGAUUGAACUGAGUGGGUUUCUGUGCCGCCUCGCUGCCGUCGGCCUGACGUUGGAGCGCUUCAGGGACAUCGCCAGCGCGCAGUGGCAGACUUGCAGCUUUUCAGCGACCAGCGGCAUGCUGGACGCCAACGGGCUUUUCAGCGACCAGCGGCAAAAGCACUUGCAGACCAACAAGAAAUACAGCGCCAAGGCGAGCGAGUUCAUCGCGGCCGUUCCGCUCAUUCGGUACGCUCUCGAUGUACUUACCGCUGGGUCCGCUCAGUUCAAGCUGGACUUUGCAAAGGAGCUGGCUUCCUUUGCCGCGCUGGCCAAAUCAAUAUUUCUGUAUUUGCUGGCCAAGAGGGGCGCGGCUGUGGCAGAUGCUUGGACCGUGGCGCUCCGCGACCACGCCGUGGCUUUCGAGUCUGCGCACGGUGAUUGCGGCAUGCACACCCCGAAGUUUCAUUUCUGCAGGCACCUGCCGCGACAGGAAGGCGGCAACGUGGCGUUGAUUGUUCAGGAGUUGCAUUUUAUUUGCCAGGCGUUGCCCAGCGCCUCGCGGUGGCGAAAGGACGACGCCCCGAAGUUCGCGCAGUGCGACUCCUUCAUGGCACAGCCUCUCUGGACACAAGAGGCUUCUGGAACGCUGUCAUUGGUGGAUAUGGCAUAA